AUGGGGUUGCACCAGGGAUCGGCUUUUAGCCCGUUCUUGUUUGAAGUAGCGAUGGACGUACUAACGCGGCACAUCCGAGGGGAUGUACCAUGGUGUAUGUUGUUUGCAGAUGAUAAAGUAUUGAUAGACGAGAUACGAGACGGGGUUAACGCGAGGUUGGAAGUUUGGAGACAAACCUUGGAGUCCAAAGGUUUCAAGAUGAGCAGGACCAAAACUGAGUACUUGGAGUGCAAAUUUAGCGACGGGACCCUUGAAGCAGACGUGGAUGUGAAGCUCGAUACUCUCGUUAUCCCAAAGAGAAGUAGUUUCAAGUAUCUCGGAUCUAUUAUACAUGGUAACGAGGAUAACGACGAGAAUAUCACACAUCGUAUUGGAAUAGGAUGUAUGAAGUGGAGGCUUGCAUCCAGUAUUCUAUGUGAUAAGAAUAUACCGCCAGAACUUAAGGGUAAAUUUUACAGAGUGGUGGUUCGACUGACUGUGCUGUAUGGGGCGGAGUGCUAG